GCGGGGAGAGCAGAGCCAAGAUGGCGGCGGAGUUGGAGUACGAGUCUGUCCUGUGUGUAAAGCCCGACGUCAGCGUCUACCGGAUUCCACCCCGGGCCUCCAACCGCGGUUACAGGGCAUCUGACUGGAAAUUAGACCAGCCUGAUUGGACUGGUCGCCUCCGAAUCACUUCAAAAGGGAAGAUUGCUUAUAUCAAACUCGAAGAUAAAGUUUCAGGGGAACUCUUUGCUCAGGCACCAGUAGAACAGUAUCCUGGUAUUGCUGUGGAGACUGUGACAGAUUCCAGCCGCUACUUUGUAAUCCGGAUCCAGGAUGGGACUGGGCGCAGUGCUUUCAUUGGCAUUGGCUUCACAGAUCGGGGUGAUGCCUUCGACUUUAAUGUCUCCUUGCAAGAUCACUUCAAGUGGGUAAAGCAGGAAUCUGAGAUUUCCAAAGAAUCUCAGGAAAUGGACACACGUCCCAAGUUGGAUCUGGGCUUCAAGGAAGGACAGACCAUCAAGUUGAGUAUUGGGAACAUUACAACCAAGAAAGGAGGCACUUCUAAGCCCAAGACUGCAGGAACUGGAGGCCUGAGCUUACUCCCACCCCCACCUGGAGGCAAAGUCACUAUUCCCCCACCAUCCUCAGUCGCCAUCAGCAAUCAUGUCACUCCACCUCCCCUUCCAAAGUCCAACCAUGGAGGUAGUGAUGCAGAUAUCCUUUUAGAUUUGGAUUCUCCUGCUCCUGUCACAACACCAGCACCAGCUCCAGUUUCUGCAAGCAAUGACUUGUGGGGAGACUUCAGUACUGCACCCAGCACUGUUCCAAACCAGGCACCGCAGCCAUCCAACUGGGUCCAGUUCUGAAUGGCAUUGGCUUAAGGACAGACUUGAAGAAUAAAAUGACCUUGAGGGCACCAAUCUGUGAGGGAAGUUAGGAAUCCCUUCUCUCCCCAGAACCAAAAUUACCGGACAAUCUUUUUCAUAGCUUCUCCAUUGUAUUCGAGCUGGUUUUAUUUUAUGCCCCUGUGUUGUUACUUGCUGUACAGCCAAGAAAGCACCUCUUAUCUCCUCUUCACACUCAAGGCAGGAGAACAGUGGGUCUUACUAUACUUGUGGCUGACUGCAGGGCUCCAAAGGCCAGGGUCUCUGUGAGGGGGAAACAACCUUUAACAUCUGCAGAUUUUUUCUCCGUCCUUUAAAUUCUUUAAUGUAUUUCAGAAUCAUCUCAUGACCCCGUGUGCCUCUUUGUGAAGCCCUAUUUAGCAAUUUCAGGAGAAACAAAAGCCUUGAAACUUCCCUUUCCACUAACCCAAGACUCUGAAAAUAGACAGCCUGACCUCAGUGUUUAUAAACACAGGAUUUUCCUAGGAAUGGAGAAGAACCUGUUUCUUGGGUCUGCUAUAUACCCUCCUUCCGGCUUUCCCUGAUCAGUGAACAUGCAGUGCUGGGUGCAGUUCCAUCACCCGUUCAUGUGUUUACAUGUCUCUUUCUGUGAUACGGAGGUUGUGUUGGUGGCACCUCCACUAUUCUUCUGUUUGUUGAAUAGUGCAACAUCUUCAAUCAGUGGGUGUCUCUUGGAUGAAGGAGGUUCAAGGAGCUGUGUUUUCCAAGUUGUAUUCUACAGAAGUGUUUACAGUAAGUUCUCAGUUAACGUUGAUGAUAGGUUCUCGACUUUAAGCUAAACCACUUGUAACAAAACCAGUUUUACGAUAGGCUAAUUGAUAUGAACAAGAGUUAAGUUCCUGCAGCAUCUCAUCAACAGCAUAACAAAAUGAUGUUAUUGAAGGACCUUCUGUUCUUUCUUGCAGCACCAUGUAAUGGCUGCAUUUGAAGCACAGCAUUACUUUGUAUUUGCCUGAUUAUUUUGAGCUGAAGUGGAGGGGUUAGAGUUCUUAACCUGACCUGUAGAGCAGAGAGGUGGAAAGCACCUAACUCUUGUUCACUACCCAUAUUGCCUUGCUGCCUGGGUUUCUGGCCCCUUUCCAUGAACAUUUUCAGUCCAUUUUGCUCUUCAGUAAGAAAAGCUGCUAUUUCAUGUGUCCUCAUUUAUGAAGGAAGCUGGAGAGUCAUCACUUUAGCUGUGAUAGAUUUUGCCCAAAUGACAGCUUUGAGACCCAUCACCUAGGGUAUCUCAAAGGUGGUUUGCUCUCCUGCCACUUCCCUUCUCUCUGCCCCACCAUUCCUUUUAUAAUGCUGUGAAGAGAGUUCCCUUUCAUAGCUGGUUGGGCACUGCCUAUUUUGUUUGUUAGUGAGCAGUUUUGAGGAAGGGAUGAAGAUACCUUUUCUUCCCUUAGUAACUGGAUGUGUACACUCUGGCUGAAGGGAGUCCUUAUGUUCAGUUUCAAAAUAUAUUCUCUGUCCAGGAUUUCCUCUUUGGCUCCUUUUAACUUUGGGUCCAUUUCUUUUCAUUGCCCCCCUUUCCAGGCUGCUCUGUUCUUACAGAGCCAUGCAGGGCAUUUUAAAUUCCAUAGAAAACACUAAAGGAAAGUCGAUAGAAUCACUAGUGACUAACUAUUGGGAACCUAUUUUCUCAAUCUUCCUCCAUGUUGUGUUCUUUGUAUUCUGAAGAGGAUAAUAUAUUAUGUAUUAGAAUUGCGGAAAAGUUGAUAAUGAAGUUUAAGAUAUAUGUAUAUAAAGUGUAUUAUUGGUGCAAUAAUGGUAAUUAAAAAUAUGGAAAAAGGUA